UUACAGACAGUUUAUUCCAAUUUUUACAGUAAUAAGUAAUUGGAAAGAUCUUGCUAGUGAGCCAAAUCUGCCUCUUUUUGUCUUCUCCUCAGUGAUUUCAGUUUUAAAUUGUAAAAAUUAUCUCCCAGUCUGUGACUUAUCCUUUCAUUUUCUUAACCUUCAAAGACUGGAAGUUUUUUAUUUUGAUGCAGUCCAACUUAUCAAUUUGAUAGAUUUUGCAUUUGACAUUGUAUCUAGGAAAUCAUCGAAUGCCUAACCCAAGGUCACAUGCCUAACUCUAUGCUUUCUUCUAGAACUUUUGUGGCUUUAGGUUUUACAUUUAGAAACAAUCCAUUUUGAGUUAAUUUUUUUGUAUAUGGUGUAUAUAUGAAUCUAAAUUUUUGUUUGUUUGUUUGUUUGAGAGAGGAUCUUGCUCUGUCACCAAGGCUGGAGUGCAGUGGUGUGAUCAUGGCUCACUGCAGACUCGCUUUCCCAGGCUCAAGCAGUUCUCCCACCUCAACCUCCCAAGCAGCUGGGGCUAUAGGCGUGUGCCACACUAUACCCAGCUAAUUUACUUUUUGUAGAGACUGUAUCUCACUAUGUUGCCCAGGCUGGUCUUGAACUCCUGAGCUCAAGCAAUCCUCCUGCUUUGGCCUCCCAAAAUGCCGGGAUUAUAGUCAUGAGCCACCACGCCCAGCCUCUAAAUUCUUUUUUUGCAAUUGCAUUUUUGCAUCUAAUUGUUCUAGCAUCAUUGUUAAAAAAGUGAUUCUUUCUUUAUUGAAUUGCCUUUUGCACCUUUGUCAGCAGAUGCUGAAAACUACAAACCACUCAAAUGUCCAUCAACAGGUGAAUGAAUAAACAAAUUGUAAGAUAUCCAUAACAUGGAAUACUACUCAGCAAUAAAAGGAAAUGAGCUAUAGAUACAAGCAACAGGGAUAAAUGUCAAAAUUAUGCUUACUGAAAGAAGCCAGAUAAAAGAGUACAUGUUGCAUAAUUCCUUUUAUGUGAAACUGAAGAAAGUACUAACUAAUCUAUAUUUACAGAAAGCAGAUCACUGUAUGGAGGGGAGAUGGAGGGAAAGGAAAGGGAGGGAUUACAGUUGAACAGGCUUAAAUAUGUGCAGUUUGUCGUAUGUUGUACCUCAAUAAAGCUGCUCCAAAUAUAAUUCUAAAAUUUAUAUAGAAUAACAUAGUGGCUAGAUAAGCUUUUGAUAACCAAGGUUUUUCUUUUCCCAUUUCUUAAUUUUUUUUUCAUACUGUAACUCCAGUUUAUUGUUCUUCUUAAAAAGGUAUGUAGAUCUGAAUAUAGCAUUUGGAAAAUAAUUGAUUGUUGUAAACUCACUUCAAGUAUAUCUUCUGUUUCUUUGAGUUAUGUCAUGCCAGUCCCUACAGAGUCUGUUAACCUUACUUGGUAUCAUUGUUUCACUUUGCUUAUUAUAAUUUAACCCAAACUUCCCCAAAUUUUCCACAAUUAUAUUAUUAAUAGAAAUUACAGAAUACAUCAGGAUCAAGGCAUAUAAGGAUUAAGGGGAGAGGAGUAAAAAAAGAAAUGCGCAGGGGCAGAAUUAAGGAAUUUAGAUUUUCACCUAUGAGCAAUGUGGAGUCUCUGAAGAAUUUUAAGUAAGCUGAGUUAAACUAAUUUCACUUUUUAUUGUGAUCAGCUGAACUUACAUAAAAAAGGCAGGCAGUAUUUAUCUAAGGGGAUUUGCAUCAGUCCCUUUGGUGUUUUAGUGAGUAUAUAGUUUUUUAUAGUGGCAGAGUCAAAACCCCUAUUCUGAUAUCUUAAAUUUAUUCCCAAGCCUUGUACAUUAUAGUUGCAUCCUGUCAAGUGAACUGUAACUAGCAAUUCAAAAUUCAGAGUUACUUGAAUGUUCUUGUUCUGAGUAUUUCUUGGGUUUAUGAGAUUGACAACUCUAUUUAGGCCAAAGUAUUUAGUCUACUGGAAUUAAGCAAAUACAGGUCCCAUCUAUUCAUGUUUGCUAUUUCCCAAUUUAAAAUCCUAUAGCAUGUAAGAGCAUUAGCAUUUUAUUUGUCUUUCUUUCAAUCCUUUAGAGUUAAGACUCACUAAUUUGGGAUUAGUUAUGACUCUAUGAGGCUACUACUGAUUUUUGAUAGGAACAAGAACCCAGGAAAGGAAAAAAAGGUAAUUUAUGAGCUGCAGCCAAUUAUCUGGCAACCAGAAUGCCUUGUUGUUAAGAGUCUAUUGUAACAAGUUUCUUUGUCUUCAUACAGCACCUGUUUCUGUGCAACAAGACCGUGUUUUUGAACACCUGGCAUAACAUGAAACUGUUAGGUUAUAUUGUGGCUAAUCCUGAAGGAAGUUAGUUGAACUCUGGCUCAUUUAUUUAAACUCAGUCCUCCAGCAUGACAGAUUGGUGAAUGUGGAAGUGGGUACCAGUUACUAAGUAAAACAAACAUGCUCAGCCCAUCUCUUGAUCUGGACCCUGGAUUUUGGGAUAAAGUGAAGGGAUGAGGGUAAGGGAUGUUCACUUCAAAAGUCAUUGGGGAGUUUCCAGUGAUGUCACAUCUGACUACCCUGGCAUGGAUAUAUAGAAUCUCUUGGAUCGUACCAUCCUGGCUCUGUUCCAGUUUUGUUUGUUUGUUUUUGUGUUUUUUUUUUGAGACGGAAUCUUGCUCGGUCACCCAGGCUGGAGUGCAGUGGUGUGAUCUCAGCUCACUACAACCUCCACCUCCCGGGUUUAAGCGAUUCUCCCGUUCAGUCUCCCGGGUAGCUGGGAUUACAGGCACCUGCCAUCACGCUCAGGUAAUUUUUGUAUUUUUGUAGUGACGGGGUUUCACCACGUUGGCCAGGCUGGUCUUGAACUGCUGACCUCAGGUGAUCUGCCCACCUCAGCCUCCCAAGGUGCUGGGAUUACAGGUAUGAGCCACCAUGCCCAGCCCAGUUCAUUUUAACUCCACCACAACUCUCUGGAACUUCAUGCCAGUGAUGUAACUCUUAUCGAACCCUUAUUUCCUCAUAUAAAAAAUGAAGGGUUUGGAUUAUUUUAAGGCUUCCUUCUGUGAUUCUUCAAUUUCAUUAUGUUUACUUUUAAAAAUUGUUCAAUGAAACUUCUAGGUAAACAUAAAAGCAACUUGUUAAAAAUUGUAAAAUGGAAAGAAAUAUACUAGUAUACUGAAGGAUAUUGUAUUGGAGACGGUCCCAGGAAAGCCCUACUUUCUGUGGGGUCUGGACCUUCUAAAAAUUAUCUUUUUGGUCAUUAACCUGUCCUCUAUAUUAAUUGAGGCCUGUAAGCCUUAAGUGAUAAUGAAAUGCAGCCAGACAUGGUGGCUGACACCUGUAAUCCCAGCACUUUGGAAGGCUGGGGCAGGAGGAUUGCUUGAGCCCCGGAGUUAAAGAUCAGCCUGGGCAACACAGCAAGAGCCUGUCUCCACAAAAAAAGAAAAAAAAAUGUUAAUGAAAUGCUACAAUUCUGCUUCCAACCACUAGUUUGAAUGUAGGUGCAUGUGUUUAGUAUUUCAAUUUUAAAUAUGAUUGUCUUUUAAUGAUAGUUUUAAAAGACUGGAGGUUUACUUGUGCAUGGGCCUGAUGCCCAGCCUGUGUGAUACUAGUUCAUUCCUGAUGAGCCAUGACUGUACCCACUAAGCCCCUUAAAGAGAGGGUACUCUUCCUCCUACUUCUCUUUCUUUAAGAGUAUUAAUAGCACAUGCAUUCUAGUCCAUAUUCUUGAUGUUAAGACAUGUUGGAAAUGACUGAGGAGCGUUGUCGCUUUCUUGAGCACACAGACAGUUGCUAAAUGCAGGGCUUGUCUUAAAUUAAUGUUCUCUGGUGUCUUCUAUUACCAUCUCGCUCCAUCAUUAACCCCAGUGGUCUUCAUCCCAGACAUAACAGUGGUUUGCACUGUGGCAUCCAUGACUUUGCUCCUUUUUCUCCUUCAGCCGCCUCUCCAACCCUCUCACCUCCCCCUACAAAGUCUGGGUAUAUUUUUGCCCAUUUCUUGCCUAGUGUUAUCAAUACUUCGAACAACUAGUAUAAAGAACUUAGUAAAGAGCACUGGUGCAAAGUAGUAUGUUCAGUCUGUUGGAUAUUUUUAUCCCCUAGCCACUUUCUAUUAGAUAAACCAUAUGAAACUGCUGUUUUUGUAUGUAUAUAUAUAUAUGAUGUUUGCAGUUUUAUAUGGUUUCACUUUAUAAAUAUACACAGUGAUGAUUUUUAACCAGAGAUAUGAACUACAGUUACCUAGGCAGUUUUUUACAAAAUAUAUAUAUACACACACACUGUCUGCAUCCUUGACCAGUGAAUUAGGAUCUUCAUGGAUGGUUCCAGAGUAAAUGCAUUUUUUAAAAACCUGAUUCUGAGUCAUACUCCUGGUUACACCUGUAAGCGAAUCUUCCCUCUAGGCUAUUUUUAGUUUUUUUAUUUUAAUUUUUUUUAGAGAUGGAGUCUUACCAUGUUGCCCAGGCUGGCCUCAAAAUCCUGGGAUCAAGCAAUCCUCCCACCCUAGCCUCCUGAGUAGCUGGAACUACAGGCGUGCGCCACCGAGCCUGCCUCAAGCAGACUGCAUACAGAUGCAUAUGUUUUUGGUGUAAUCAGUUGUCUGAUAUGAACUGAAACUUUUAAGUCUAUGACUUCAUAAAUUACUAUUUAAAAUUUUAAGAUAUGGACUGGGUGAGAUGGCUCAUACCUGUAAUUCCUGCGCUUUGGGAGGCCGAGGCAGGCAGAUCACUUGAGCCCAGGAGUUCCAGACCAGCCUGGGGCAAAAUGGCAGAACCCCUCUAGAAAAAAACACAGCAAAAAAAUGAGUCAGGUAUGGUGGUGCUGCUGUGGUGGGGAUGAAAUGGGCUGAGGCAGGAGGAUUGCUUGACCCCAGGAGGUCAAGGCUGCAGUGAGCUGAGAUUGCAUUGCACCACUACCCCUCAGCCUGGGCAAGUGAGAGAGACUCUGUCUCAAAAAUAAAAAAUAAAUAUGAUCAAAUCUUAAAUUUAGAUUUUUCAGUACUCUUAGGAAGAAAAAUAUAAGUGCUACAAGAUGUUUUAUGAUUUUCAGGGAAUUGUCAAGUCUUUUUUUUUUCCCCUAGUUUGUAACUUCACGUUAUGUUUUGUAUAACUUCAACUUAAGAUUUUUUACUUUUCAAAUACACUUUUAUCUUUCAUGAAAAGGAGUUAACAGUAGUGAGCAGGCUGUAGUUGGUUAUUAACUUAAUUAUGACUCACAAUGCAGCUUACCCUACGUGAUUCAUAAUUUUAUCGUAGCCAAGAGAAAAUGGAGUUUCUUUGAACAGCAUCUGUCUCCCUUCACUGCUGGUAAUUGGUAUGUUAUGCUAUUAUUAUUAAUCACUGUUUUUGGAAUCUCUGGGUAAAUAGGCACUAAAUAAGCCCAAAAAUAUGAGCAAAAGUUGUCUGUUAAUUCAUUGGCCACUGCAGAAAGGAGUACUAAAGCCCAGAAAAGAGUUCUGAGCUUCCUUCUAUCUCUCACUAGCGUGUUCUCUCUAAUUUGCAUUCCUUAAAAAUAAGUUGCACUUGCUUUAGUGGCAUGUAUAUUUUUUAAAAAUACAGAUAAGUUUAGUGUGGCUCCUGUAUAAAAAUGACUCUCAAAAAAUAGUAAUAAAGGGAACAUGCUCUCCAAGGGAGCUAUGUGCAGCUCUCCCUUGGAUGCCUGUGGCUGGGAGUCUGAAUCUGUCUGCCCAUGGCCCCCUCUUUAAAAAAAAUUUUUUUUUAAUUAAAAACAAUUUAAGGCCAGGCACAGUGGCUCACGACUGUAAUCCCAGCACUUUGGGAGGCCCAGGCAGGCGGAUCACAAGGUCAGGAGUUCAAGACCAGCCUGGCCAAUAUGGUGAAACCCCACCUCUACUUAAAAAGUACAAAAAUUAGCCGGGUGUGGUGGUGUGCACCUGUAGUCCCAGCUAGUUGGGAGGCUGAGGCAAGAGAAUUGCUUGAACCCAGGAGGCAGAGGUUGCAGUGAGCCAAGAUCACAUCACUGAACUCCAGCUGGGGCAACAGAGACUCCAUCUCAAAAAAAAAAAAAAAUUGUAAAAUGACUCCCACUUGUGAUCCAUUUCUUUACAAAUACAUAACACUUAUAAGAGGCAGUCUCUAGUGCUUAACUCAGAAGAAUUCUUAUCAAGAAGGAAUAUUGAAUUUUAUCCAAUGCUUAUUUCUUUUCUGUCUCUCUUUUUUUAAUGAAUUUGCCUUCUCUGCAUAACUUUUUCUUUUCACUUGCAUUGAUUAUAUUGAUUUUCUUAUUGGGCCCAUUCAUGUGAUUGUAUUUUUAUGCUUACUAUUAAUCUAAUAUUGCAUUUUUGGAAUACAGUUGACCCUUGAACAACACAGGUUUGAACCACAAUAGUUUACUUACGCAGAUUUUUUCAAUAAAUAUAUUGGAAAUUUUUUUACAGAUUUACAACAAUUUGAAAAAACUUGCAGGUGAGCUGUAUAACCUAGAAAUAUUGAAAACAAGAUAGGUAUAUCAUGAAUGCAUUAAAUAUAUGCAGAUACUAGUUUAUUAUUUACUAUCAUAUACACAAAUCUUAUAAAAAGUUAAAAUUUAUCAAAAUACAUGCAUACUAUAUUAGUCUGUUUUCAUGCUGCUGACAUGAAAGACAUACCCAAGAGUGAGUAAUUUAUAAAGAAAAAGAGGUUUAAUGGACUCAAACUUUUCCUGUGGCUGGAGAGACCUCACAAUCAUGGCAGAAGGUGAAAGGCAUGUCUUACAUGGUGGCAGACAAGAGAAUGAGAGAGCCGAGCUAAAAGGGAAACUCCUUAUAAAACAAUCAGAUCUCAUGAGACUUAUUCACUACCAAAAGAAUAGUAUGGGGGAAACUGCCCCCAUGAUUCAGUUAUCUCCCAGCGGGUCCCUACCACAAUACCUGGGAAUCAUGGGAGCUACAAUUCAAGUUGAGAUUUGGGUGGGGACACAACCAAACCAUGUCAUUCUGCCCCUGGCCCCUCCCAAAUCUCAUGUCCUCACAUUUCAAAACCAAUCAUGCCUUCCCAACAGUCCCUCAAAGUCUUAACUCAUUUCAGCAUUAACUCAAAAGUCCACAGUUCAAAGUCACAUCUAGACAAGGCAAGUCCCUUCAGCCUGUGAGUCUGUAAAAUCAAAAGCAAGUUAGUUACUUCCUGGAUACAGUGAGGGUGCAGGCAUUGGGUAAAUGCACCCAUUCCAAAUGGGAGAAAUUGGCCAAAACAAAGGGGCCAAAGGCCCUAUGCAAGUCCAAAAUCCAGCAGGGCGGUCAAAUCCAAGCUCCAAAAUGAUCUCCUUUGACUCCAUGUCUCACAUCCAGGUCACUCUGAUGCAAGAGGUGGGUUCCCAUGGUCUUGGGCAGCUCUGCUUCUAUGGCUUUGCCAGGUACAGCCUCCCUUCUGGCUGCUUUCAUGAACUGAUGUUGAGUGUCUGUGGCUUUUCCAGACUCACGGUGCAAGCUGUCAGUGGAUUUACCAUUCUAGGGUCUGGAGGACAGUGGCCCUCUUCUCGCAGCUCCACUAGACAGUGUCCCAGUGGGGACUUUGUUGGGGGGCUUCAACCCCACAUUUCCCUUCUGCACUGCCUUAGCAGAAGUUCUCCAUGAGGGCCCUGCCCCUGCCUGGACAUCCAGGCGUUUCUAUACAUCCUCUGAAAUUUAGGCAGAGGUUCCCAAACCUCAGUUCUUGACUUCUGUGCACUCACAGGCUCAACAGCACAUGGAAGCAGCUGCCAAGGCUUGGGGCUUGCACCUUCUGAAACCACAACCCGACCUGUACCCUGGCCCCUUUUAGUCAUAGUUGGAGUGGCUGGGAGGUAGGGCACCAAGUCCCUAGGCUACACACAGCAUGGGUGGGGGGGCCCUUAGCCCAGCUUAUGAAACCAUUUUUUCCUCCUAUGCCUCAGGCCUGUGAUGGGAGAGGCUGCCGCAAAGGUCUCUGACAUACCCUGGAGACAUUUUCCCCAUUGUCUUGGUGAUUAACAUUCGGCUCCGGAGACAUUUUCCCCAGACAUUUUCCCCAUUGUCUUGGUGAUUAACAUUCGGCUCCGGAGACAUUUUCCCCGUUGUCUUGGUGAUUAACAUUCGGCUCCGCAGAUUUCUGCAGAAGGCUUGAAUUACUCCUCAGAAAAUUGGCUUUUUUUUCCUAUUGCGUUGUCAGGCUGCAAAUUUGUCAAACUUCUAUGCUGUUUCCCUUUUAAAACUGAAUGCUUUUAACAGCACCAAAGUCACCUUUUCAGUGCUUUGCUGCUUAGAAAUUUCUUCCACCAGAUGCCCUAAAUCAUCGCCCUCAAGUUUAGAGUUCCACAGAUCUCUAGUUCAGGGGCAAAAUUCUCAGUCUCUUUGCUAAAACAUAGCAAGAGUCACCUUUACUCCAAUUCCCAACAAGUUCCUCAUCUCCAUCUGAGACCACCUCAGCCUGGAUUUCAUUGUCUAUAUACCAUUAUCAGCAUUUGAGUCCAAGCCAUUCAACAAGUCUGUAGGAAGUUCCAGACUUUCCCACAUUUUCCUGUCUUCUUUGGAGCCCUCCAAACUGUUCCAAUCUCUGCCCAUUACCCAGUUCCAAAGUCGCUUCCACAUUUUUGGGUAUCUUUAUGACAGCACCCCACUCUACCAGUACCAGUUUCCUGUAUUGGUCUGUUUUCAUGCUGCUGAUAAAGACACAUCCAAGACUGGGUAAUUUAUAAAGAAAAAGAGGUCUAACAGACUCACAGUUUCCUGUGGCUGGAAAGGCCUCACAAUCAUGGCAGAAGGUGAAAGGCACAUCUUACAUGGUGGCAGAUGAGAGAGUGAGAGAGCCAAGCUAAGUGAGACUUAUUCACUACCAUAAGAAUAGUGUGGGGGAAACUGCCCCCAUGAUUCAGUUGUCUCCCACUGAGUCCCUCCCACAACAUGUAGGAAUCAUGGGAGCUACAAUUCAAGAUGAGAUUGGGUGGGGACACAACCAAAUCAUAUCACAUACAAACACAACUAUAUGUGGUGCCAUUUGCAGUCAAGAGAAAUGUAAACCAAUGUAAAGAUUCAGUAUUAAAUUAUAACUGCAUAAAAUUAACUGUAGUGCAUAUACUACUGUAAUAAUUUUAUAACUACCUCCUGUUGCUAUUGUUGAGCUCAAAUGUUGCAAAUACCUACUUCAAAUGCCAUGUGACACUAAUUAUCUCUGUGUGAGCAGUUCAUCUCUCCAGUAAAUGUAGUGUUUGUACAACACUGUAAACUUUAAAUAACACCGUGGGACCCAUAAGAAAUGUUACUAGUGAUGCUGGAAGUGCUCCCAAGAAGCAGAGAAAAGUCAACAUUACAAGAAACAAGUUUAAUUGCCUGAUAUGUACCAUAGAUUGAGGUCUUCAGCUGUGAUUGCCCAUCAUUUCAAGAUGAAUGAAUCCAGAGUAAGGGACAUUGUAAAAAAAAAAAAAAGAAAAAAUAUAUGAAGCCUUCACUGCAGCUACAGCAGCAGGCACAAAAGCUUUGCAUUUGUUGCAAAAUACAUUUUUAUCAAAUUGAAAAUUCAGCUUUUAUGAGGGUGCAGGGUUGCUGUAAGAAAGGCAUACCUUUCCAAUCUGUCCCUGGGUCUAACGAAAAAAAGCCAUAGCUGUAGACUCCAAUGUGAUUCCAGAAAAAGCAAAGUCAUUAUAUGACAACUUAAAGCAAAAGGAAGGUGAAGGAUCUAAAGCUGGAGGAUUUAAUGCCAGCAAAGGAUGGUUUGAUAAUUUUAGAAAGAGGUUUGGCUUUUUAAAUGUCAAGAUAACAUGAGAAGCAGCUUCUGCCAACCAAGAGGCAGCAGGUGAAUUCCCAGAAGCCAUUAAGAAAAACAUUGAGGAGAAAGGAUAUCUGCUUGAACAGAUUUUUAAUGCAGACAAAAUUGCCCCAUUCUGGAAAAAAUUUUAAAAGCCACAAGGAACUUCUGUUGGUAGGGAAGAAAAGCAAGCACCAGGAUUUAAGGCAGGAAGGAAUAGGCUAACUACUAUUUUGUGCAAGUGCAGUCGGGUUUAUGAUCAGGGCUGCCCUUAUCUGUAAAGCUGCUAAUCCCCAAGUCUUGAAAGGAAGAGAUAAACACCAGCUGCCAGUCUUUAGGUUGUUGUACAACAAGAAGGCAUGGACAACAAGAACGCUUUUACUGGAUUGCUUUCAUCAAUGCUUUGUCCCUGAAGUCAGAAAGUACCUUGCCAGUAAAGGAUUGGUUUUUAAAGUUCUUUUGAUAUUGGAUAAUGCCCCUGGCCACCCCAAACCCUAUGAGGUCGAAACUGAAGGCACUGAAGUGGUCUACUUGCCACCAAACACAACGUCUCUGAAUUCAGCUUCUAGAUUGGGGGUCGUAAGGACCUGGAAGGCUCAUUACACACAGCACUCUGUGGAAAGGAUGUCAGUACUGUGGAGGACCCCAAUAGAGGAACAUCAUGAAAGCCUAGAAGGCUCACACCAUUGAAGGUACCAUCAUUGUUACAGAAAAAGCUGUGAAAGCCAUUAAGCCCCAAACAAUAAAUUCCUGCUGGAGAAAACUGUGUCCGAAUGUUGUGUAUGACUUCACAAGAUUUAUGACAUAGCCAGUCAAGGAAAUCUUGAAAGAGUUUGUGGAUGUGCCAAAAAAAAAAAGUGGGAGGGGGAACAAAAGUCUGCUUGAUAGAGAUCAAUGCUUCUGAACUGGUGCCGGGUGAUGAGAAACGAGUCCUAGAAGAAGCAAACCCAUAAAACAAAGUGACGUUAGAUAAUCUAGCAGAAGGGUUCUUAUUAUUCAAGACUGCUUUUGACUUCGUUUACAACAUAGACUCUUCCGUGAUACAAGCACUAAAACUAAAGCAAAUGGUGGAAGAAGGAUUGGUACCACAUAGAAACAUUUUUAGAAAAAUGAAAAAGCCAAAAAGUCUAAUUACAGUGCAUUUCUUUAGCUACAAUGAGUGUGCCUGCUUUUUCUGCCUCCUUUCCACCUCCUCCACCUCUUUUUCCUCUGCUACCCCUGAGACAGCAGGACCAAUCCUUCCUCUUCCUCCUCCUCUUCAGCCUACUCAACAUGAAAAUGAUGAGAAUGAAGACCUUUAUGAUGAUCCACUUUCACUUAAUGACUAAUUCUUCUUAAUCCUUUGGUGAAAACUGAGACACAAAAUGGCUGCAAAUAAGCCCAAGGGUCAGAAUUCUUUGGCUUUACACAAAGUCAUCAUGGUGGGCAGUGGUGGCGUGGGCAAGUCAGCUCUGACUCUACAGUUCAUGUACGAUGAGUUUGUGGAGGACUACGAGCCUACCAAAGCAGACAGCUAUCGGAAGAAGGUAGUGCUAGAUGGGGAGGAAGUCCAGAUCGACAUCUUAGAUACAGCUGGGCAGGAGGACUACGCUGCAAUUAGAGACAACUACUUCCGAAGUGGGGAGGGGUUCCUCUGUGUUUUCUCUAUUACAGAAAUGGAAUCCUUUGCAGCUACAGCUGACUUCAGGGAGCAGAUUUUAAGAGUAAAAGAAGAUGAGAAUGUUCCAUUUCUACUGGUUGGUAACAAAUCAGAUUUAGAAGAUAAAAGACAGGUUUCUGUAGAAGAGGCAAAAAACAGAGCUGAGCAGUGGAAUGUUAACUACGUGGAAACAUCUGCUAAAACACGAGCUAAUGUUGACAAGGUAUUUUUUGAUUUAAUGAGAGAAAUUCGAGCGAGAAAGAUGGAAGACAGCAAAGAAAAGAAUGGAAAAAAGAAGAGGAAAAGUUUAGCCAAGAGAAUCAGAGAAAGAUGCUGCAUUUUAUAAUCAAAGCCCAAACUCCUUUCUUAUCUUGACCAUACUAAUAAAUAUAAUUUAUAAGCAUUGCCAUUGAAGGCUUAAUUGACUGAAAUUACUUUAACAUUUUGGAAAUUGUUGUAUAUCACUAAAAGCAUGAAUUGGAACUGCAAUGAAAGUCAAAUUUACUUUAAAAAGAAAUUAAUGUGGCUUCACCAAGAAGCAAAGUUCAACUUAUUUCAUAAUUGCCUACAUUUAUCAUGGUCCUGAAUGUAGCGUGUAAGCUUGUGUUUCUUGGGCAGUCUUUCUUGAAAUUGAAGAGGUGAAAUGGGGGUGGGGAGUGGGAGGAAAGGUGACUUCCUCUGGUGUUUAUUAUAAAGCUUAAAUUUUAUAUCAUUUUAAAAUGUCUUGGUCUUCUACUGCCUUGAAAAAUGACAAUUGUGAACAUGAUAGUUAAACUACCACUUUUUUAACCAUUAUUAUGCAAAAUUUAGAAGAAAAGUUAUUGGCAUGGUUGUUGCAUAUAGUUAAACUGAGAGUAAUUCAUCUGUGAAUCUGCUUUAAUUACCUGGUGAGUAACUUAGAAAAGUGGUGUAAACUUGUACAUGGAAUUUUUUGAAUAUGCCUUAAUUUAGAAACUGAAAAAUAUCCGGUUAUAUCAUUCUGGGUGUGUUCUUACUGACACCAGGGGUCCGCUGCCCCAUGUGUCCUGGUGAGAAAAUAUAUGCCUGGCACAGCUUUUGUAUAGAAAAUUCUUGAGAAGUAACUGUCCGCUAGAAGUCUGUCCAAAUUUAAAAUGUGUGCCAUACUCUGGUUCUUGAAAAUAAGAUUCCAGAGCUCUUUGAUCGCUUUUAAUAAACUGCAAGUUCAUUUUAAAUGAAGGGCCAGCAUAUAUACUUGCAAGAUAAUUUUCAACUGCAAGGAUUCAGCACCAGUUAUGUUUGAAUGAACCCUCCUUUUCUCUGAGAUUCUGGUCCCUGGAAAUCCCUUUCUGCUAGUGGUGAGCCUGUAAGUGUUAAGUUUUUAAUCUGGGAGCAGGGCAUAGGAAGAAAAUGUCAGUAGUGCUAAUGCAUUUUGCACUAGAACACUUGGGGAAAAUAUUCAUGCUUGCCAUCUGUUCAUUUCUAAAUUUAUAUUCAUAAAGUUACAGUUUGAUACAGGAAUUAUUAGGAGUAAUUCUUUUCUGUUUAUGUUUAUAAUGAAGAACACUGUAGCUACAUUUUCAGAAGUUAACAUCAAGCCAUCAAACCUGGGUAUAGUGCAGAAAACGUGUGGCACACACUGACCACACAUUAGGCUGUGUCACCAUUGUGUGCUGUACCUGCUGGAAGAAUUCUAGCAUGCUACUUGGGGACAUAAUUUCAGUGGGAAAUAUGCCACUGUCAGAUUUUUUUUUUUCCUCUUUGCAGUGGGGCUAGGACAGUUGAUUCAACAAAGUAUUUUUUUCUUUUUUCUCAGUCCUAAUUUGAACAGGUCAAAGAUGUGUUCAGGCAUUCCAGGUAACAGGUGUGUAUGUAAAGUUAAAAAUAGGCUUUUUAGGAACUCACUCUUUAGAUAUUUACAUCCAUCUUCUCAUGUUAAAUAUUUGUCCUUAAAGGGUUUGAGAUGUACAUCUUUCAUUUCGUAUUUCUCAUAGGCUAUGCCAUGUGCGGAAUUCAAGUUACCAAUGUAACACUGGCCAGCGGGCCCAGCAAUCUCCAUGUGUACUCAUUACAGUCUUAUUUAACCAGGGGUCCUAACCACUAACAUUGUGACUUUGCUUUGAGACCUUUCCUCUCCUGGGUACUGAGGUGCUAUGAAGCCAACUGACAAAGAUGCAUCACGUGUCUUAGGCUGAUGCCACUACCCGAUUUGUUUAUUUGCAAUUUGAGCCAUUUAAAGACCAAUAAACUUCCUUUUUUAAAA